CUUUUUCUAGCCGUUGACUGUAAGAGAUGAGAUAACAUAUCAAGAGAGGCUAAAAUCUCUCUAAACUAAAAUGUCAAUGCUUCAGCUUCUCUUCCUUCAAUGGUUUCUCCCCUUCAUGAUAUUUUCAGAUCUCUUCAUUAUUUCCAAUGGUGAUGUAGGCACUGCUGCUCGAUACGGUUCCCCUUAUAUACCUUCAGCUUGUUUCGGAAAUGAUCAAGCUCAAUUUCCUACAAGUAAUCUCUUUGGAUCAGCUGGAGAAGGAAUUUGGGAUAAUGGAGCGUCAUGUGGGAGGGAAUACCUAGUGAGAUGUAUCAGUUCUUCGAAGCAACAAGCGUGUAUUUCGGGUGUUACAAUUCAGAUUAAGAUUGUUGAUCGGGCAAAUACUUCCGUAUCUCAACCAUCGAGUCCAGGAACAACUAUUGUUCUCUCUGAACCUGCCUUUUCCAUGAUAGCAGAUGCAUCUGCUUCGACAGAUAUCAACAUCGACUUCCAGCAGGUCUGACACAGGUAAGAAGGUAUAAUCAUACUCGUUGGUAUAUCAAGUGGUAGAGUUUGUAAAUAAGGAUUUGUUGAUUUUGUUUUGGUAAAUCUAUCUAUUGAAAUGCGUUUGUGAAAUUUGAUUCUUGUGUGUGGUUGUUAAGCCAUAUCAGAACUGGUAUGGCUUUAUCAAAUUUUGUGGUUUAAAAUACCCCGACAAGCGUCGGUGUAGUCUUA